CGGAGCGCCCUAUAUAUACCGCCGGGCGCAGGCUCGCACUUCGGCAGUGGUGGUGGGAGCCUCGCGGGCGCGGUGCCGUUACUCGCACUCGGGCGGCGGCAGCGGCACAGCGCUGAGCGCACAUCGCGCCUUAGCAGUAGCAGCGGCAGCAGCAGCGGAGGCGCCCCCGCCGUCACAGCCCCUGCGCGGGUGCAGCCACCCUCGCUCCCUCUGCUCUUCCCUUCGCUCGCACCAUGGCUGAUCAGCUGACCGAAGAGCAGAUUGCUGAGUUCAAGGAAGCUUUCUCCCUAUUUGACAAAGAUGGCGAUGGAACCAUCACAACAAAGGAACUUGGAACUGUCAUGAGGUCACUGGGUCAGAACCCAACAGAAGCCGAGUUGCAGGAUAUGAUCAACGAGGUGGAUGCUGACGGAAAUGGCACCAUCGACUUCCCAGAAUUUUUGACUAUGAUGGCUAGAAAAAUGAAAGAUACAGACAGUGAAGAAGAAAUUCGCGAGGCAUUCCGAGUCUUUGACAAGGAUGGCAACGGUUACAUCAGCGCGGCGGAGCUACGUCAUGUCAUGACCAACUUAGGAGAAAAACUAACAGAUGAAGAAGUAGAUGAAAUGAUCAGAGAAGCAGAUAUUGAUGGAGAUGGGCAAGUCAACUAUGAAGAAUUCGUACAGAUGAUGACUGCAAAAUGAAGGCCUACUUUCAACUCCUUUCCCCCCUUCUAGAAGAAUCAAAUUGAAUCUUUUACUUACCUCUUGCAAAAAAAAAAAAAAGUUCAUUUACUCAUUCUGUUUCUAUAUAGCAAAACUGAAUGUCAAAAGUACCUUCUGUCCACACACACAAAAUCUGCAUGUAUUGGUUGGUGGUCCUGUCCCCUAAAGAUCAAGCUACACAUCAGUUUUACGAUAUAAAUACUUGUACUACCUUAAUGAUAAGGAAGCACCUAAUGGACUCCUUGCAGUUCCAUUUGCUCAUGAUUAAUACACUGUUUGGGCUGGCCAGUUUUUCAUGCAUGCAGCUUGACAAUUGAGCACAGUCAGGCAUUUGUAUUAAAAACAAAAAAUGAAAAAAACAAAUUUAAAACUUCUUCAAAUGGGUUCUAGUUCAAUUUGUUAGUAUAAAUUGUCUUAGCUGGUUUACUGAAAACAAAACAUUUAAAAUUGGUUUACCUCAGGAUGCUGUGCAGAAAAAUGGGUGAAGGAUAAACUGUCUAGACGCAGCCCCACUUAGCAGGAUGGCCCUCUCGUACUUCCGGGCGCCUCCACCUAUGGUGACCAUGACACUCAUCCCGGUGGCAUGCCGUGUGUGUUGGUUUAGCGUUGUCCCGUGUUGUCUUAGAGCGAAAUGGGUGUCAGGCUGUCACCAUUCACACACUUUUUUUUUUAAAAAAAAAAAAACCUUUACCAAGGGAGCAUCUUGGGACUCUCUGUUUUUAAAACCUCCUGAACCAUGACUUGGAGCCAGCAGAGUAGGUUGUGGCUGUGGACUUCAGCACAAGCAUCAACAUUGCUGAUCAAGAAAUUACAAUUUACGUCCAUUCCAAGUUGUAAAUGCUAGUCUUUUUUUUUUUUUUAUUCCAAUAAAAAAAGACCAUUAACUUAAAGUGGUGUUACAUGCUUUGUAAAGCUGAGAUCUCAACGGGGACAAGGCAGUUGGAGGAGAGGUCAGUACUUUUAAAAGCCCACAGCCCAGCAUUGGGCUUCUCGCCCUCCCGCCCUCCCUCCCUCCUGACGUCUCAGCACCAACCUCUGAGCCUGAGACCUUGCCUAAAACAGGGCAGAUAGCAAUUGCUUCAUCCUAUCUAUGGACAUGUAGGUCUACUUGUAUUUUCACUGGGGGGGGGGCGGGGGUAGGGUGGGGGGAGUGAACCCUAGUAACUUAAUGAUUAUUCAGGCAGUGGCGCUCUUCGUAAUGAAGGAAAAAAAACCACUUUUUCUCAAGCAUGUACUUAGGGGUUCUUCUCGAUCGUGCUGCUGAUUACCUGUUUUAUGUAACUACUUGAGACCAUCUGUGCAAGAGACAUGAUUUAGUAUGUCUGUAAUUCGAUCCUUGCCAUGUGGUAGAAGCAGUAGUCCCUUCUAAGCCAGUCUUUAUGCCUAAAAGACACUAUCGGUCACUUUUGAUUCAUGAUUUUUAAUUUAUGAUGCUACUUUUCCUUUCCCCCCCCCCGCCCCAAAGUUGACUUGACUUUGCUCCCCUCCUCCCUGCCCCCAAGUAGAACUAGUGCUAGCCCCAGCUUGAAAGUAAACUCCAGCCUGGAGGGGAUUUUGUGUCUAAUGAUAAAACUGUAACCAAAACAGAUAGAUGCUGGUACUGGUCUUCGCAGUGGGAUUGGUGUGCUUUAAAAACCCCUUUAAAGGAAUAUUGCAACCAGUGCAGAACUCUUUUCUGAAAUGCAGGCUGGAUGUGCAUUUGGUUUCUCACCAGGAAGGAGUGUUGGGUUUUUGAGUCUUUCCGUGGGAGGUUUUAAUUUGCCAGGGAACCGCGGCAGGCUGCUAGCUAGGCAGCAAGAAGCUCUUGGCAGCCAAAUGGGUGCAUUCAGGGCUGAUUUAUAGAGACCCUUGGCUUCUCCCUCUCCUACUCCCUGUCUUUCUGGCAUUUUGCAGCUUGCUAGAUUUCCUGCCAGAGGGAUAGGUCAGAGCAGUGGAGAGGAGCCCGCCCAUUUACUUCUGCCGUUGGCCCUUAGACUGGGUGGUUGUAGAAGAGACAACGGAGCUGGAGGGGACUUUCACAAUUCCCUGAAUCUGGAAGGCACACCUGAGAACACCUUGGAGGUUCUCCAGGUGAGAGAGGGAGGACCCAGGGCUCCUGGAUGUUUCUUGCAAAGGAGGCCAAGUGUUGACCCAUUCAGGCCUGUGUCUGAUGGCUUCUUGGUAGUUAGAAAGAGAGUUGGGGGUAAUUUAACUUGUUUUUAAAACUUUGCCUUCUGUCUUAACUCUUCUGUCAAGUCUUUUUCUAGAAGCUGGGUGGGCUCCAUUUUAGCGGUCCCACAGUCCUUCCGAAAAGACUGCUUUUGAAACCAGAUUCUUAACAUGGCUAGCAUCCUGUUUGGGAAGCAAGCCUUUCCCCCGGGGAGUGCUGAGUCCCCAGCUUGGUGCAGAGGGCCGCCCCGUCCACCGGAGCCUUUUCCCUCUGGCUUUUGAGGGGAAGACCAGCCCAGGUGGGGUCUUUGCAAGCUGCAUGCGUUUGUGAGAGGAAAUAGCUGGGUGUUGGGUCCGUACCCUGAAAGUUGGUUAGCACCUCCCUGUAAACUCUCCUGCCCCUUACUUCUAACUGCUCUAUAAAUAUAUACAUAUAUUUAUAUAUAUAAAGUGACUAGUUUAACUGGCAUCCCGCUUGAGCCUGAGACUUGCCAUAAGAAACUGCUGAGUCCUUGGCAAACACUUUCAUAGUUUUGUUCUCCAUCUGUUGGGGGUAGGUGUUGAGCAAGGCAAAUUCAUCUCGAUGUUUCAGAUGGGCUUUUGACGCACUGUUGCCAAGGAAGGCUUUUUCUGAUUUUUAGACAAACGAAUUUUUGCACACUUUAAUUGGUGUCUUUCGGCAACUUAAACACACUGAAAAUUAGCUACUGUACAUAUUUUUAUAUUCUCUUUAUAAAUGCAUGUCUGACUCUACCUGUAACCCGCGUUGUGACGAGUGGCCGUCCAGCAGGCCUUCCCGAGUGCCGCUGUGGCCUCUCAAGAGUGGCAGCAUAUUAUUAGCCCCUCAGCACACUGGGAACUUCUUCCUGAACAAAGAAUGUAAAUUUGGUCAAAAGUCUGCUCUUCGGUUCAUUCAAUUGAUUUUAAACAUUUGAAUUAAUUAUUAUAUAUCCGAAGUACACUAUCCUUUCGGCAGUGACGAGAUUUCCACGAAUGUGUCUUAACCUAUCCCCUUCAGCUGGAAGUUAGUAUUUUCCUUUUUCUUGAUCCCUCGAAGUUGUCUUGUAGGAGACAGAAGUCCUUUGCUGUCCGUAUCCCUUGGAGUAAGAAGGUAGCGACAUGGGUGGAGUGUGUGUUCUUUCUCCAGCUCUUCUAAUGUUCCUUAAACACAUCUGUAGCAAAGAUGGCGGGAGUUCUGAUAACAGAAGGUACCCUUCACCGUGGCAAUUUGAAAAGGAGAUGUACUUGAACGUUUCUGUAAAUCUUGAGAUAAACUGUUUGGAGAUUUAACCACCUCUCUGAUGGGGGACCAACUCUAUGGAAAUUGUAAAUAAGUUUUAUUUAUAAACCUGGCACUGUAUUCAAUAAACAUUUCUGCAGCCUUUCAUCUC